GAGCUAAAUUUCAUCCACAAGGAUUUUUAACUGCAGAUGACCAAGUGAAUAACUCAAUAACUCAUUGAAUAUUUCUAGUCUUCAAUCAAAAAUGGAAUGUUGAAGUUGUGAGGGAUCUGAAUCAUCUUCUCUACACCCCAGAGGCUAGGCAACCUCUGGAAAAUGCUCCACGAACUGCUAUUGUCCCUCUGGGGAUGCUCUACCAGUCUGGAGAAGAUCGUCGAGACUGAUUCAGUGCUCCUGGACAAGUACUUCCACCCUGGUGAACGUGGCCUGAUAAAAAAGAUCCUGCACAUCUCGUCGCACUACAAGAGUAUAAAGACCUUCAUAAAAAGGUACUCCUCAACGAAGGACCUGGAAAAUGCCAACGACGUGGAGCCCCUGCCCGAGGGUCUCUACCUCCAGGCCUUCUGCGACGGUCUUGAGAACGCCCUGGAGCCAUUUCGCAACGAAAUAGUUGAUUUGGAGAGAUCAAUUCUCCAGAAUGCCCACACGCCGGCCACGACGAUUCUCUCGAGGGUGGAGAACUUCGAGUGUCUAUUUGCCCUUUUCAAUGCCAUGAUCAGGCAGAUCAGGAGCCAGAGGACCCACGGCACUUGUCUCCUCCAGUGCAUCCACGAGCACAUGCACACUGGCAUCCCGGAGGUGAGGGCUGCCCUCCAGAAGAUUCUCCACUGUGUUCAUGCCGUUUUUUACAAACAACUCACCAGCUGGCUGCUGUAUGGACAGCUCGAGGACGUCCACCAGGAGUUCUUUGUCAGGCGUACGAAAAACACCCACGACAGCUUCCUCUUGGCUGAUACCAAGAGCACAUCUGCCCAGAGGGCAAAGAAAUUCGAUGACAUGUGGAAUUAUGAUAUAGCUGUGGAGAUGCUGCCUUCGUACAUCACUGCAUCCCUUGGAAAUAAAAUUCUCAGCAUUGGACAGACAAUCAUCAUCUUUGGAAAUGAUCCCAGGCAGGAUAAAGACUACAAAAUGAAGACAGAGAUAACGAAAAAUCCAGUCUGGGGUGAGAAAGAGCACGAGUACUUCGGUAAACUCCAGAGCCUUCAGAUGAAGCCAGUGUUCAAUGUUAUUGAAUUCGAGAACACGAUUGACGAAUUGAAGAAGAGUGUCACGAGGCUUUUGUGGCAGGUGGCAGUCGAUGAUGCCCAAUUACUCCAGCAGAUCAAGCUCAUCAAGGAUUUUUAUCUGAUAGGCCGAGGAGAUCUCUUCCUUGAUUUCAUUAAACUCACGUCUCAUAUCCUCAAUAAACCCCCAACGAGUCACACAUCGAGGGAUGUCAAUUUGGCCUUCCAAAUGACGAUGAGACGAGUCAUGCUGAAUGACGAGAGUGCAGUGGAGAGUUUUAACUUCGUCCUGCCAUCGACAAAAUCUCAGGCAGAGGGAACACAGGGGAGUGGGCAGAGCAGUCAAAAAGAUAGAGAGGAUCCUAUCGAUAAAUUGGGGUGGGGUAUGAUUGUCCUGCAAUAUCGAGUAGCUUGGCCCCUUCAGCUGCUCUUCAGCCCGAAGGCCUUGAACAAUUACAACACAAUCUUCAGGUUUCUUUUGAGAGUGAAAAAAACACAGAUUAAUCUGUGGAAUCUCUGGACAGAGCACACACGCACUCGGAACAUCGACAUUGGAGUCCUUCAAUUUCGAAAUAACUUGAUAUUUAUUCUGGAUAAUCUUCAGUAUUAUCUCCAGGUGGAUGUACUGGAGAGCCAGUACACGGUGAUGGAGAGCUGCAUAAAGAAUACUGAGAAUUUCGAGGAUGUUCAGAAGGCGCACUCCGUGUUCCUGGCGAAUAUAAUGUCUCAGACGUUCCUCCUGGGGAACACAGAGGAGCACAAUAAUCCAGUAAAUGGUCUUCUCCGUCUUCUCCUUCGGCUCUGUGACGACUUUAUCCUCCAGGCGUCGAUGUGGGAGGUCACCAGCCUUCUCAGCACCGAAAAAGACGAACUCAAAAUGCUCACGGAGACUUUAUCGAGUUUAAUGAACGUUCUGAUCCAGACUCUGAAUAAAGUUCGAGCCCAACCCAGUGGGAAACACCUGGCGCAGUUGCUGCUGCGUCUGGACUUCAAUCGUUGGUUCAGCAGGCAAAUCCAAUAAUUCAAUCCCACGAAAUCUUAAAA